AUGGUGGGCGUGCCCAGGAGUACAGGAUGUGCGACAUGUGUGUCGAGACGCAUCAAGGUACAUCAGCACCCUUUGAGAAACUGCCGGCAUCCUUCGCAUCUAACCUGGUUCUUGGACAUGACAGNNUGCGAUGAAGGACGGCCAGCAUGUCAAAAAUGCCAAAAGUCAGGACGCCAAUGUCCAGGCUACUCCCGCGAGCUGCAAUUUAGAAACAAAAUGGUGACCGUCGUGUCGAAUCGUCGACGACCAAUACUAAUCAGCUCAACGUCUACGGCCUCGCCAACGGAGUCGAGCACCAGCAGUGGCAGCUCGGUGGACGCACGCAAAGAUUCUGUUGUUGCGACAACUCCUCCUGAACCAGCUGUAAGGUCGCUGCAAAUGCCUCAGACGGAACAGCUUCAGAUCAUGGCUGGUUUAAUAGACGGGUUUGCACCGCCCUCAGCAGAGCCCACACAAGGCCCUUCAAUGAUUAGAGAGUGGUUGUCUUUUGUGUAUUACCGCUUAGGUUCAACAGCUCCCUUAGAUCUUGCUAUGCGAUCAGUCGCUUGCAUGCAAUUCGGUCUGCGGAACAAGGAUACGCGAACGAUCAAUGUCGGUCGCGCAUAUUACGGUGGCGCGCUUCAGACCUUGCGAAAGGCGCUUGUAGCCCCAACCACAGGACAAUCAGAGUUGCAAAGUACCGUGAUGUUACUCACAUUCUAUGAGCUCAUGUCAAAUCGAAAGGAAGAUGAAUGGGUGCGACAUUCCGGCGGUUCGGUUGAGAUGAUGCGAAUACGAGGUCCAAAAGCAUACGCAGAUCGGAAGAGUUUCGACUACUCGAUGUAUCUUGUAUGCAGGUACUACAUUGUUAUGCACGCCUUCUACAAACGGAAAGCUUGCUUCCUCGACGAUCCAGAGUGGAACCAGUUGGCCCACGAUCCCGAUUCAGAGGAGGGAGAUAUUCGAGAAGCCAUGUUCCGGAUCCACGUUCAAAUACCAGGAUUGAUCCGCGAUGCUCAAAGAACUGCUGCUGGAGAGUACGACGCCUUCGAGCUGAUANAAAAGACCGUAGAACUACGAACCACCGUCAAACGACUAUACGAGGAGUGGAUGGUAGCUCUGAAAGCCAGCAAUAACAUGCCCAUCGAGAUCCCAGGCGAGGACGAGCUGUUCCCGGUGGUAUAUCACUUCAACAACUUGGCCGUGCACGGAUUCAUGUCGCAACACUGCUCGACCAUCGUCCAGCUGAAUACGGUUCUGAUCCAGUGUGGUUUGCCAGGANAAGAAGAGUAUAUCCAAGAGUGUCGCGACCAAGCCGAGCAACUUUGCAGAUACGUACAUUUUGCUCAAGGCCGUGUCCUUGGAUCCAUUUUGGUGCAUUUUUGGCUCAUGACUGCGAAACGACACGCGGCUGAGAAGUAUCAAGGUUGGAUCGCUGCUAAACAGGCAGCCAUCCAGAGAUAG